UCCCCCAUCACCGGCCCUGCAUGGUAACCGCUGGUCUUGUUUGCCGUGAUUUAAAUCAAUACCGCUCCCAGAAUGGUGAAUGUAAUAAUCUUAAGAAUCCACGCUGGGGCGCAGCCAUGACCGCCUUCAAAAGACUAUUACCAAACAGCUACCAGAAUAAAAUAUCCUUGCCGAGGUACUUGAAGACAGAUUCAAGUCCUUCCACCUUGUUUCCAACCAUAGCGCCGGUCAGUCCUCUGCCAAACGCAAGGACCGUCAGUCGAAUGUUUUUUCCUCAAAGUCAGAACCCAGAGUCACCAUGGCAACAGUCACCCCAAUCCCCACAACGCACAAACAUGGCGUCUGUGUUUGGUCAAUUCCUUACGCACGAUAUAAUUUUGACAUUGCAUGACGGAAAUGAAGUCUGUGACGACCGGUGUAGUGAUCUUACCACAGAAUGCUUCGGGAUCACCAUCGCAAACAUAUCAAACGACCCUGUUUUCACUGAAUGCAUUCCAAUGACGCGCGCCUCAAGGUGUCAGUUUAAGGGUGUACAAGAGCAAAUUAACAGUGCCACUGCCUUCAUAGACGCCUCACAAGUCUACGGAAACAACGAGGAGGAAGUGGAAAGAGUACGCGAUAUAAACUCACUGAAUGGUCUUCUUCGCACAACCUGUCAUAAUGAGGCCGUUAAGCCACUCUUACCUCAGCUACAAGCUGAUGAUCCUAAAGUAUUUUGCCGCUCAUACAGCAAUAAGACUCCCUGCUUUUACACAGGAGACUAUAAAAGGAAUAAUGUUAGUCCAGCUUUAGCUGCCAUGCACACUAUUUGGGUGAGAGAACACAACAGGAUUGCCUUAGAACUGCGUGAGAUAAACCCCCACUGGGAUAAAGAACGGCUUUUUCAAGAAACAAGGAAAAUCAUAGGAGCUAUGAUGCAGCAUAUAUCAUAUAGCGAGUACCUCCCAACUAUACUCAGUAAACAAAUGCUUCAAGAUUACGAACUGAAUCCAAACCAGCCAUGGAAAUACGACCAAUUCGCUGACGCCUCCAUUGCGAACAGCUUUGGAGCCGCAGCGCUAAGGUUUGGUCACAGUACUGUUGGCAAUAUGUACACAAGGCCUGAUUUCUUUGAUAUGCCCAUAGACGAUAUGCACAACCCGACUCCUCUGUACAAUUUACAGCAGGGAGGUGUGGAUAGUAUCUUGAAUGGAAUGCUGGAACAAUCUGCCAGGAAAAUUGAUAGGUUCUUUUCAUGGGCGUUAACAAUGAAAUUAAAGCCUGGACCGGGAGUCACCGCUGAUCUUGUAGCAAUAAAUAUCCAGCGAGGCAGAGACCAUGGCCUUCCACCAUAUGUCAAGUUCAGGGACCACUUUAACGUGAGUAAAAGAAGCAUUCCAAACGAGCUCAAGUCUGAGCUGAUAAAUCUGUAUGGUGAUCUUGACGAUGUGGAUUUGUAUGUUGGUGGACUCCUGGAAACCCCUGUUGCAGACGGGGCAAUGGGGCCGACCUUCUCUCACAUUUUAGCCGAAGGAUUCAAAAAUCUGCGAAAAGGGGAUCGUUUUUGGUACCAAAACUUGGACUCGCCAACCGGAUUUAACUCUGAUCAACUGAAGGAGAUAAGGAAAGCUUCUCUUGCUAAAAUCAUCUGCGACAACAGUGAUGCGAUAUAUAGAAUUCAGCGCAUGGCCAUGUUAAAAGAAGGUUCGGGAAACGAGAGAAUGCCCUGUGCUCAACUUCCUUAUGCAGAUCUCAGCAAAUGGAGAGACGAGGGAAACAGCUUGAACACUGAGGCUGAAAGGGAAAGUGGCAUGGAACAAAAAAAGAGGAGGGAAAGUGAGACAGGUCAAUUAGUAAGAGAGGGAAGUGGACAGGAGGAACACGAUGCUGUGAAGGAUGCAACCUUGAAGGACGUAAGGAGACGAUUUUCUUCUUUCUUCUUUAGGCUGGGUGGGGUGGGGACAUCCAUGUAAGUUUACCAACAUUACUUUCGGAAAGUCUUAAACCAAAGCUGCCCGUGAAACAAAGCAUUGGAUGUCUAUAUCUAAAACAAAACGGUUUGUUUAAAGAUAAA